GCCCCCGGAGCUCAUUGCCAUUUCAACCCUUCACUUCCACUGGGACAUCUCCUCCCCGGAGAGCUGUGAGAUCUUCACACGUGGACAGUAAAGGGUUAGCGGCCACUGACGUCAGGAGUCUGCGGGAGGAAGCUGCUUCACUCGCACUUAGUAUACACUGCAUGCAGGCGUAUCGUCGCCUGGCGGAGAACACCCACACCCCGUUCCGCCUCCAGAUCCCACUUUGACUCCGACCUCGGCUCCGAUUCCGCUUCGCCACGGACCGCGGGCGCAAUCUGCGAGUUCAAGUCAUCGCGCCCCCGCCUGCCCCUUGCCGGUGGGCUGAAAGGUGACUUCUGCUGUCAGACGAAAGUUCGCCCACACUUCGGACACGUCCGGAGCCCGCCUCGCUGAUUUCCCAUUAAUGUGCAACAAGUACGCUGCCGCUACGCUCAAGGGCUCCUGUCUGCCUGGUGCUGCUACUCCUGUUUGUGAUUGGCUGAUCCCUCUUGUAGGUGUGUUAGCCCCGCCCAUGCUGCAGUGUCAUUGGCUGAAGUGGGACCAUGAGAGGGAAGGUCAGGCCACCGGAGCCAGACGACCCCCUGUGCUGCUGUGAGUAUGUGGACCGCCAGGGAGACCGGCAGCACAUGGCGGCCUGCUGCUGUGACUGCGAGGACCUGGACCAGGCUUGUGACAGGUGGCUGAAGCGGCAGCCUCAGAAGGCUGACUCACUGUCCCGGGUGAUCGCUGUGGUGACAGACCGACUGCGUGUGCCCUGGCUGCGGGGGGCCAAGCGGGUGGAGCUGUCGGUGGUGCCACCCCUGGUGCUGCUCCCUGUGCUCUUGCGGCUGGCAGCGCUGCAUUUCCUGGUGGGCAUGGCGGUAUUGACAAUCCUGCCGGUCCUGGUGCUCUGGUACUACUACGUCACGCACCGGCGUAAAGGCCGCACUCUCUUCUUCCUCAGCCUGGCACUCUUCUCCCUGGCCUAUAUGUACUACCUCUUCCUCACCGAGGUCCUUCCACGGGGUGAUGUGGGAGGCGCCCAGCUAGUCACCGUGACAACAGGCAUGGUCCUCACUCUAAUCUCCUUGGCCCGCACUAAGCGCGACCCCGGAUUUGUGAAGGCCUGCCCCUCCGAUGCUCACAGCACCGUGACUUACUAUGGAAGGCUGUCUGAGCAGGACGAGCAGAGCCAGUCCAACGGCUCUUGCCAGGUGGUGGCGAUAGCCAGCCGGGCAGCUCCCCCGGGGCAGGGUACGGGGCCAGCGACACAAGCUAAUGGCUUGAAGAAGAACUGGUGCCCCACUUGCAGGAUAAUGCGCCCCCCACGGUCAGGGCACUGCCGAAUCUGCAGCGCCUGCGUUUAUCGCAUGGACCACCACUGCGUCUGGAUCAACAGCUGUGUGGGUCAGGCCAAUCAUCGCAAUUUCCUGCUGACGCUCCUCCUCUUCCUUUUGACGUCGGUGUACGGGAUCAGCCUGGUGCUGCGUAGCAUCUGUCCACGUCAGAACCUGCUUUAUGCCCUUUUCUACUGCCCCGGCGUGUAUGCCCAAUACAGCACAGCGCUGUGCUUCACUUGUGCCUGGUACAGCAGUGUGGUGACAGGGGGGCUGUUUCACCUACUGAUGUUGCAACUCAUCAACAUCAGUUUCAACGUAACGGAACGGGAGGCGCGCCUCGCCCUGAGAGAGAAGACGGGCCGCACACGCCUCUGGGGUCUUGUUGUCGACACAGGGCUGCAUACGCGUGGCUUCUGCACCAACUGGCUCGAGUUCCUCACCAUGCACCUGUCGUUGGAGCCCAUGUUCCCAGGGCUCCCUGACAUGGUGUAGAGCCCCCUGCCUGUUACCGCUGGUGUGAACUGCUCUGGACUAAAUGUUGUACCACUUCCCACCACCAGAUGGCAGCACAGCAUUGCAUCCUGAUACUGCUUGCUUCAGUAUGUUGUGUGGAAUAGAGGAGCCAUACGAGUCAUUUUGAGAGCCGGUUUUAUUGGCAUUUUGGUCUUGGCAUCAUAGCACAGUGUGCAUCCCCAUCAACCCCCCCCCCACCCUCUUCCCCAGUUCUGGUCACAUGAUCCAUGAGCCACACGCAGGCCAGCUGCUGAUCACUACAUUGAAAUGGUGCUGGUGCGUAAUCCUGUGGUUUCUCUGCGGGCCUGGCCCGCAUGUGUGCUCACACACACUUUCUGACGUUCCUCCCAGAGUUAGUGCCUUUUCUGAAAGUCUGUGGAGAUGCAGCUCAUGUGAAUCGUUCCAUGCUGCCAUGAGACACACCGUGGUGCCUUUAUAUGAGAGAGAAGGUUCUGCAGCCUGGCCCUGACAUGGAUAUCCUACAGUCACCUCCUCUCUCAGGGCCCUGUCUGUAUUCUGGAGAGAGGGGCUCUGUCUGUAUUCAGGGUGGGGGGAGGCGGUCCCUUCUGCUUUGUAUCCUGCCAGUCUAAUAAAUCAGCAGUGUGCUUUGAGAA